AUGGCGUCGCCCACGGAAGGUAUGUCGCGCGCGGCGACCUCGAUCAGUGACGAUGCAGUUCCCGAGAAUGAUCCCACUGGAACUGCCGGGCUCUUGGCUGAGCGACUCUCGGCAUGGAAACAUGCCGUCGGUUACCUUGAGGAGUUCAUGGUCGCAGUGGAAAAGGCGCACAAGACUCAGGCAAAGGAGUAUGAAAAGGUCCUCAAGAGCAUCAGCAAACCCCUGAAGGAGGGUCACCACUUUGACCAGAGCCUCGGCGGCGUCGCAGGCUUCUUUGAGAACAUGCGGGUCAACACCGAGGCCAUGGUCAACACCAACCUUGAAACUGAGAAGACCAUCAAGGGCACGGUGUUGCCCAUAAUCGAGCGGCUGCACAAGGAGAUCAAGCACAAGACCAAGGAGCUGUCUCACGGCGCCCAGAAGAGUGCCAAGGACGUCGAGAAGGCGCGCAACGUCACCCAGAAGCACAUUGAGCUGCUCGGCCAGCAGACGGCUGCCUUUGAGUCGUCCGGGGCCAGGUUGGACCCCUCACACGACCCCUACGUCUUGAAGCGUGGUGUCCUGCACCGCCUCAACCAGCAGGUGUUGGACGAGAACAACCACCGCAACGACCUGCUAGCUGUGCAGAACAACUUCCAGGCAUUCGAGAUGCACGUAGUGGAGGUCAUGCAGCAGGCCAUGGAGGCUUUCAACCAGUGCGCCGGCGGCCAGGCCGAGAAGAUGCGCGCCUUGUACUCGGACAUUCUGGGGGCCGCCCAGAGGAUGCCUCCUGACUUUGAGUGGAAGGGCUUCGUUCAGCGCAACAGGGAGAACCUGAUCGACCCCAACGAGAACCCGCGGACCGUCGAUAGCAUAACGUUCCCGAACAUGGACCACAAGGGGACCAAGUCCCUGAUCGAGGGCACGCUGGAGAGGAAGUCGCGCAACAAGCUCUCGUGGGGCUGGUCAACCGGCUACUACGUCGUGACUCCGUCCAAGUUCCUGCACGAGUUUAAGGAUUCGGACAACCUGCGCAAGGACCCGGUGCCCGAAUUGAGCAUCUACCUACCCGAAGCCAUCAUCGGCACGCCAAACAUGGAAAAGUUCAACAUCAAGGGUAAGGACGUCUCCAAGGGCAUCAGCGGCAAGCUUGCGGGCUCUGCCGAGCUGGCCUUCAAGGCGCACACGGCAGCCGACGCAGACAGGUGGUUCGAGGUCAUUAAGAGUGUCGCCGGCGCCACGGGAGCGAAGCGCGUCAACACUGAUGCCAACGCCGCGUCAGCUGCCGCGGCCGCCGUCACGUCGCCCGCUUCUCCGACCUCGCAGACGGAGAAGGACGCCGCCCAGACGCUGCCUCCAUUGGCUACCGAUCAACCCAAGCAGGAAUCAGGCGUCACUGGGACCGAGACCGUGACCAGUCCAGAUGCCCUUUCGCCCAACUCGGGGGUAGAUUCGGGCCUAGCCUCGCCCCAGACCACAGGGACGUCGCCCGCGACGACGCAAGCUGUCUCUCCUACGACCGCGGAAGCUCCCAAAGCUCAGACGGUCGUGACGGACCAGAAGAAGCCGGUGGAAGCCUAA